UGCUCGUGAAACUCGACACAGAGGAGGGAUAUGUUACUUCAACAGCCCGUCGCUUUUAAAUCUCUUUACGAUUUCCAAACUUCUCGAUAUUUCCGGCAGUAUACCCUUGAAUUUAAGAAGACACCCGAAUAUUUUGGACAUUAAACUCUCGGUUUGUGUCGAGAGGUGGUAAGGAGGAUGUAUUUAAGCGAGGACUGCGGCGCUGUGUAUGUCAGGGAGAAAGGAGAACUGCGAUAUGUCAGUGCAGACAAGAAUGAUGCUCCGCAGCACAGACUCUUCAACAGAGACUUCUCUUUUCAACUCUGCAUCGACCCUUUACCCUCCGCCAGCCACACAAAGAGAAGAGACCACUUCAUAUUUACCUACAACAAGGAGGGGAGUCUGCGGUACUCGGUGAAGUCUUUAUUUGACAUAUCAUUACAGUUCAUCGCUGAUCACAUUGAGCAUGUGGACUCGCUAGUCGGUUUUCCUGAGCAAAUGGCUGAUAAGUUGUUCUCGGCCGCCGAAGAGAGACACAAAUUCACUGAGCCACAAACUGCACCCAGAGCACUGCAGGUCUUCUGUGAGGCCUAUGGAGAACUAGUGCUGAAAUCCCUGUGUUUGAGAAACAGGUACCUUUUGAUACCUGAAAGGUUGGAGGAAAUCAGACAGUUUCAGAGUCUGGAGUGCCUGGACCUCUAUGGAUGUAGAUUAGGUGACAACCAUGAGGUUUUUAAAUACAUAACAUCUGAAGCUCUGGCUAGUCUUGUGAAACUUUUCAUAGGUGCAAACUGCCUUUCUGAUGCAGGCCUUCAGAAGCUGACUGCGCCGGUGAGGGUGAUGAAGAAAGGCCUAGAAAACCUGCAGCUUUUGGACGUCUCUGAGAAUCACAUCACUGAGAAAGGUCUUGGAUAUCUAACGUGCUUUAAAGCACUACAGAAACUAGACAUAUCUAGGACUAAUGUGACGGUGAACGUGUCUUUGAAAGGAUUCUUCAGAAUGAAGAUGGGAAUGGUCCUCUCAGAGACCCCUUUGAAGGAGUUUGGACACUCGGAUUGCAACACAGAAGGCUGGGCUGAACAGGUAAUAAACCAAUGGGAAAUUACAGCUUCAGAAGUACCAAAGAAAGACUCCAAACCAAGAACAAAUGCUCUCCGUUUCUAUGGAAGAGAAAAGUUUGUUCGAGAGACAUUGAACUCCUGGUCUGGGACAAGUGCCACCACAAACAAAGACAAAGUUGUGCCAGUUCACUUUUAUACGGUUGAUCUCUGUGGCCCGAGCUCAACAGCAGAACACAACACGCAUGCAUCAGCCGUGGCAGCAGCACACAAGGGAAAGAAGAGGAGACUAUCAGAGGAAGAGCAAAGUUCAACUCCUGUCUCAAAGCGCCAAUCCUUCUCAGCUCUGUCUGUGGAGGACUUAGAUCUGUUAAAUAGCUAUUGAGUGGACACACACAUGUAUGCAGUGCAUUCCUCUGUGAGGAACGUGACACUGAAAUGCUUUUUAGUUUGGAUUAUUUACAAUUAAAAACAGCUUGCUUUUUA